CUACUCCACCAAUAAACCUGCGCUUCCUCAACACCGCCUUUACGCUCAAACGCCUUCAUUCUCCGUUUAAAACCACAGAAAUCCGCGUUUCGUGACACUUUCUGGACGAGGUGGUUUUCAAGCUAGAUAGACCGUACAGUGACAGUGACACUGACACUAGAGAAACGGUAUCGUUAUCCGGGAGGUCGCUCAGUCUCCAGCUGUCCUAAGGUGUAUUUACUGGUUUAGACUUGUAUAAAGAUAGAAGAGGAUGUCUGGAGAUUUGCCGCUGAGCAUCAACAUUAAGGAACCACGAUGGGAUCAGAGUACAUUUAUGGGCAGAGCCCAGCACUUCUUCAUGGUGACCGACCCAAGAAACGUGCUGUUAUCAAGUGAGGUCCUGGACGAAGCUAAAUCCAUUGUGGAGGAUUACAGGAAGGGUAUAGUGAAGCCAGGGCUGACAGAGGAUCAAUUAUGGAGGGCCAAAUAUGUCUAUGACUCUGCCUUCCACCCAGACACAGGCGAGAAAAUGCUGCUGAUUGGACGCAUGUCUGCACAAGUGCCCAUGAACAUGACCAUCACAGGCUGCAUGCUCACAUUCUAUAGGACGACUCCAGCAGUUGUGUUCUGGCAGUGGGUCAACCAGUCCUUCAAUGCCAUCGUCAACUACACAAACCGCAGUGGAGAUGCACCAAUCACUGUAAAUCAGCUUGGAGCAGCCUAUGUCAGUGCCACUACUGGAGCUGUAGUCACUGCUCUUGGCCUCAAGUCACUAACCAAGCAUCUGCCAGCUAUCAUGGGUCGGUUUGUUCCAUUCGCUGCAGUGGCAGCAGCUAACUGCAUCAACAUUCCCUUCAUGAGACAAAGAGAACUGAAAUAUGGUAUUCCUGUCACUGAUGAGGAGGGUAAUCGCCUGGGAGAGUCUGCCAGUGCUGCUCAGCAGGCCAUUGCACAGGUGGUGGUGUCCCGAAUUGGCAUGGCAGUGCCAGCCAUGGCUAUUCCUCCAGUUAUCAUGAAUGCCUUAGAGAAAAAAGCUUUCAUGAAGCGCUUCCCAGUGCUUAACGCACCAGUACAGGUUGGGCUUGUUGGAUUAUGUCUGGUGUUUGCCACUCCGUUGUGCUGUGCCCUUUUCCCCCAGAAGAGCUCUAUGAAAGUGAGCAGUCUGGAGCCCGAGCUACAGGAGAGUAUACUACAGAGCAGUCCUCACACAACCACCGUUUAUUUCAACAAGGGCCUGUAGGGGCCUUUCCUGCCCAGCCCAUACUGCUGCACUCCGAUAUAAUGGAUUUUAGUGGGCACAACUUGAAGGGUAAAUUUUUUUUGUUUGUUUUUGUCUCCUUUUGCUUUGAUUUGUGUGUUCUAUCACUUAUACUUUCCCUGAAGAUAAUAUGCAAUCUUUAUUCAGUAUAUCUGUACAGUAGGUGGAGUGACUUGCCUAGUUUGAAGUGGUACUGUGGGGUUGCUAGUGUUUUGAGGUUGAGGGUGUAUUGAUAUUACUGCUGCUUUGAUGAGUAAUCACCCCUUAUAUAUAUUUUCCAAAAAUACGUUUUUCACCCGAGUUGUAUUUAUCAUUAUUUAUUUUUAUUUCACUUUUUGUCUGGAACUAUUGCAACUAUUCUUCGCCAAACGUCUGUGUUCCGUUCCAGUCAGAUCUAUUAGGGCACCCUCAAAGCUAAUGAGCGAAAAAUGGUUUAUAAAAUCAGUUUUGACUCAUAGGAUUAUUUUAACAAGUGGAAAUGGUUUCAUUGUCUACACUCCUGCAUGUGCCAUUAAAGUGCACUUAACCCCUAUUUCUCAUAUAAAUUAAGAUACUCCAGUGGGUACAGCUGUGUUUUAUUAUUAUUAUUUUUUUUUCUUUCUUCUGCUAAAAAAAUCCAAAUCUAAACAUUUAGGUAACUCACUGGCUGAUUAUAUCUGAAGGCUGUGCUAAGUCAGUGUCUGUAUCUAAGCUCUAAGCCUUAUGCGUGGUCUAACUAAUAAGUUGAUUGAUGCAUAUGCCUAACAGCUGUUACAAUGAAGUUAGGUGAAGACUGUAGUGUGUUUAUAGUGUUGCCAGUACCAUUGAAAACAGUGGUGGUUGUGUAGUGAUUAAAACAUCUAGUGUUCUGAGUAUAGGCCUAAGACAGUAGGAAAUAAUGUGUCUGAUGGCUAGAGAAGAAAAUAUUAAAGGUACAGUAAGCUCCUUAGGUUUUUUCCCUCCUGACCAUUUUGUUUCAGUUGCAUAACACUGGCAUACAUAUUACUGGCAGUAAAAUUAGAACUGAGCUUCAUUGCUGGUCCACUGUAUAAGAUUGGACUGCUGGCCUUUGGACAGCUGUAAUAUUUCCCAUCACUCAACAGCACUACGUACUACCAUUAAGUACUGUUCAUGUCUUUUGACUGGAUGUUUUUAUAGAAAUUGUACUUAUUGGACCUUUACACAAGGUGUGUGUGUGUGUAUGUGUAUAUAAUAUAUAUGAACAUACAAUAUUGUAUUGAAAUGUAUAUUUGUUUAGAGAUGCAGCCUAGAUAGAGUUGCUCCAUGUGCUCAUCAAUUAGAUGGCUCAUUGAUUAUUGCUUUAAUAAGCAAUAAUAAAUAUAAGGUAAUGUUAUUUAUUUACAAAAUAUUUAUUUCUUGUCAUUGGAAGAAUAUUGUAGUGUUGUACCAAAAAGAUCAGUCAGUCUAAUAGCCUAUCGUGUAGAUUUUUGAAAUGCAGCUAAAGACCUCUCUAUGGAAUUUGUUAUAACUUGAGCAAUGUGAUCAAAUCUGCAUUUCAAGAAGUAUUGUUGUGAGGUGACAAUGUGCAUUGUGUUGUUUUUGUUUUGUCAGCUGUUUCCGUGAAUGAAUUGAACAUAUUUCUGCAGUGUUUCAGUUUGCUUUAACACUUGAAACAUACUGUAGAUGUGUGAUUGGAUUAGUGAAGUGGAAUGUAAUUAAGCAACAUGUUGUGCUCUUUGUGCCCACAGAUAGGCAGUACAAGUUCCUGUUGCUGCACAAUUAUUUUUGUGUUCUCACUUCUUGGGUUGAUGAUGCACCACACAUUAUUAUUAUUUUUUUUUUUAGUAAACAGAAUGUAUUAUAGACUAUAUUAUGCAAACCUGACGUCGCACAAAUAAUCAGAAGAUGGUUAAGAUAAUCAGAAGGUUAGGGUUAUAGUUACAUGCACAACAGGGACAAGGACAGUUUCAUUUGUUAAGGCUGUUUUAAAUGGGAAAAGCACAUAGCAGCUUGAGCUUGCAAAUCAUGGCAUUUAUGUUACAAAAUGCACAUUUGACUUGAGUGCAGUAUUACAGUUUUAACACUGACAGAGUGUUUUAAAGUGAGCAAAUUCUGGGACUCUUUACCUUCACUAUCCUUUAUAGUACUAAAGUAAGCAAACCAUCAACUGUUACACUGACUAAUAAAGUUUUUGCAUACGUUUUCAGUACCAUAACAUCACCUGCUUAGUCUCCUAGAAACAUUUUUAUGGUUUGGAGGCCUUCAGGAGUCUUAUAGUCCCUGAAUGAGUAUUCCUCUACACCUACAAGACUGACAUGCAGUGUGGAACAUUGUCUCGACCAAAAGGAUGUUGCCAUGUUAAAACAUGUAAUUUCAAAACUGGCAUUUGCAUCACAAACGUAUCUAUUUAGGAGCAAAGAAUUAGAAGGCAGAAUGUAUGUCCCAUGGUUCUGCAGUCAUAUCAUUUUCUUCCAUAGUUACCUGGUAUCAUGAUAAAUAGCUUAUAAUUUGACUAUUUAUACUUGGUGGUAGUUAGGCCCUUUGCAUCACUAUGGUUUGAAAAGUCAGCAGAUGUUUUGCAACUGAUGGGCCAAAACAGUGUGAAAUGCAGACAUGUUCUUCGCUUUCUUCUCUCCUAAAAAGUUGCUGUUUGAGAUCUUAUUCUGACAGUGUAAGGGAAUGUUCUGGUGCCAUGUACCUUUAUGUUCCGCUCCGCAUGUGUUGGUGACCUUGUUUUACUCAAUUGUGUGCAGUUUUUCAGAAGUUUCUCAUUUUCAAAACAUGUAAAUCCUCUAACCGUACUGGUGCUCAUUUGAUGUUUUGUUGUGCUUUUUUGUUUUGGUUUUUUUUUCCAUUUUGUAUUCUGUUCACAUUUUUCUUACCUGUGUUGUAUGUAUUUAUGUAGGACAAUAUAAUAAAGGUUUUAAAAGAUUCAUGUA